AUGGAACAAGAACCUUUGGAAGACGAGCAGACGGCAUCUCGUACACUCCGGCGACCGUCUCGUCCCCUGAGCGCACAAGAAACCCUCUCUAGAAAUUUCAUCUCCGAGGAAGAGUUUUCCAUGCUGGCAGAGGAAUACCUGCUAUCGCUUUCGCCGAAAAAGAGAGAGAAAGCACUGCUCACGAACAGCAUGUACCAACAAAUCCUGAUGGUCUUGCUCCAGCCAAAGAAUACCCAGGUCUCAACAGCUCAGUUUCGCUUUUGGGCCAAGAAAAUGUUCACUCUGUCAACAGUGGAGACGCACCACAUCGUUUGUCAUGGAGGAAAGCCGGUAGCAACCAAAGAAUGUCUAUACGAUGUUCUUAUCUAUUGCCAUCGCAAAAGCUCCCAUGGAGGCCGAGACAAAACAUCUGCUGAGAUACGACAGCACUACUCUUGGGUUCCGAAAGAACUUAUCGCUCGCUUUGUCAGACAAUGUCCGCUCUGCUCAAGUCGGCGC